GAACAGGUUGCUUAGCUUGGUUAGCCAACACACUGUUGCUGUAUGAAGAUAAAUGUAUUAUCGCUGUAACGGGAAGUUUGACAACACGUGGAGGAUCGAGUGAACAUGAGGACAUGUGACUACGUAUAGGAAAACCUAAAGAUGGACAAGGAGAGCAAACUGUCAUCUGCUGUCCAGUCUCAUGACCACAAACAGCAGAGACGGAGAGAGGAGCCUGCUGAGACACACAGGAGGAUGUUACCAAACCCUCAUGUGUCAGACCAGAGUCUGAGAGGGAGUCGGUCAUCAGGUCUGAGCCCAAAGCAGAAUCCACCAAAUUCAAGUGGAGUUUCAGCAGGAAAAGGAGGAGAUGUGUCAAGGAGUCACGGCUACAGCAGCAGCCGGCGUGUCAGAGACACCAGCGGUGAUUUCCUGCACAGAGACAGGACCACAAGGGACCCACAGGCAAAGACAUUAAGAGGAAACCAUGGCUCCCCCGCUCAAGAUAGAUUUAUGGGCAAGAACUCACUGGAUGCACAGAAAAAAGGUUUUAGAGGUGCCAGAUCUGCCCCGAACUCUGCAGGGAAGUCAAAACCGACACAGGCAGACUUGAUCCCAUUUGAAGUGAAGAUGACUGAUUUCCCAGAGUUAGCUGGUGGCUCUGCAGACAAAGCAGGUCCUCCUGUUGCUCAGAGAGAGUGCUGGGGGCCAACUCAGAGUCAGACAUCCUCCUGGAAGUCUGUAAGAAGAGGAUCCCCAACACAGCCUGAACCCCAACAAUCUGCCACUAUCGCUAGGUCAGAUUCCUCUGCUGCUUCACCAGGUCAGCCUUUGGUGACCUCCUGGGCUAAUGUUGCCUCUCAGCCUCCAAAGAAACCUGCUCCUAAAGAGAAGACAAUCAGCAGCAACGACAUGCAGACGGAGGAAAUGGAUGCACAGCAGGAAGAGGGAGCACAAGGGAAGAAAAAACGCAAGAAAAAGAAGAAGAAGGCUAAAGGUGUCGGUGAGGAUGCAGAGGCUGAGUCAGAAGAGCCGGCAAUGUAUCAGGAGCCUCCAAAAUUUGAGGAUGAAGAGGAGUUUCCGGGGUUGAUUCCUGCUCUGACUGUGACUGACAGAUUGGUAUCAAGCAGCUAUGCAGCAAAACUAUGCAAUGGGGAAAACCAAAGAGAAGGUGUUCAGCAUCAGUCUGCCGACCAAACCAAGGAAAAAUCCCCUGCAGCAAAACCUCAGCUCACAGAGACAGCUAAGAAAGGACAGAAAGCUGAAAAAGUGUCUGGGAAGAAAAGCAAAGUUCCCGUUCAGCUGGACAUCGGAAACAUGCUGGCUGCUCUGGAGAAGAAGCAAUCCCAAAAAGCUAAGCAGGACGCCAAGCCAGUCAUUCUCUCAGUUGGUGGAGGAUUACCUGUCGUCCAGAAGCAAGCAUUAGUCCAGAAGAAGCCGCCCUGGCAGCAGGAUAAAAUCGCACACAAUCCGCUGGACUCCACCAGCCCUCUGGUGAAGAAAGGCAAGCAGAGAGAAGUGCCCAAAGCCAAGAAACCCACUCCUCUAAAGAAGGUCAUUCUGAAAGAGAGAGAGGAGAGGAAACAGAGACGAUUGCUGGAGGAGAGAGGGCUGCUGCCUGAAGAUGAGCUCAAACCUGCUAAUGAUGCAGCACAAGAAGUAGAGCAGAGUGACACGAAUGUCACAGCAUCAGAUGAGGUUGGGAGUCCUCCAGAGGAACUUGAUGAUCUGUCAGAGUUAAGUGAAACAGUUCAGCUGGUGAAAGAAGCUGAAGAAGAAGCCGACAAAGACAAGAUCAUAGAGCAACAAACCACCUCUCCUGUGCCCUGCCCAGCCAGUCGACCCAAAAUCCACAGCAGAAAGUUCAGAGACUAUUGCAGCCAGAUGCUGAGCAAAGACGUGGACGAGUGUGUGACGACUCUGCUGAAGGAGCUGGUUCGUUUCCAGGACCGCCUGUACCAGAAGGACCCCAUGAAGGCUCGCAUGAAGAGACGCAUUGUGAUGGGGCUCAGAGAGGUCCUGAAGCACCUCAAACUCAGGAAGGUCAAAUGUGUCGUCAUCUCACCCAACUGUGAACGCAUCCAGUCCAAAGGAGGCCUGGAUGAGGCUCUUUACACCAUCAUCGACACUUGUCGUGAGCAGGGGGUACCGUUCGUGUUUGCCCUCUCCAGGAAAGCUUUGGGUCGCUGCGUCAACAAGGCGGUGCCCGUCAGUCUGGUGGGCAUCUUCAACUAUGACGGUGCACAGGACUUCUAUCAUAAGAUGAUCGAGUUGUCGUCUGAGGCCAGGAGAGCGUACGAGGUGAUGGUGUUAAGUCUUGAGCAGACAGGACAGGCAGAGACAGAGGAGGAGAGGAACACGGAGGAGGAGAGGAACACGGAGGAGGAGAGGAACACGGAGGAGGAGCUGCAGAUCGGCAGCCUGGCUGAGGACGCUGAUCCGUCUCCUGACACCACACAGCAAGAGGAACCAGAGUACAUGAAAAUUUGGAAGAAAAUGUUGGAGAAAGACUACAAUCACAAGUUUUUGAACUUUGAGGAGCAGCUGAGCUCCAUGCACCUGGACAGUGAAUGUACUGAAAACACUGACGAAGAUGAGAAGAGUUGACAGUGGUGAAUCCCUCUGUGCCUAAAAAAAAACAAAAACAAAACCUGUGCUCAUUACGUGUUUAGAAGACACUAGGAUGGACCCACAUGCAGGAAAAGAGGAAUACACGGUGCUCUGCUGCAGUGGCCGUAAACCUGAGCAUUUUGUCAGGAAAUUAAUCAUGUUGCUAUAUUUGCAAUGAAUUGUGAAUUUCUUUAUUUUCUGUAUGAAAAGUAAUAUUUUUGUGGAUAAAGCUGUGUAUUUUUAGAGUGUGUGUUGGUUAUAAACUGGAGAGUUUAAUCACUGAUUUAUUUGGACCAAACCACUCGCUUGAACAAAUCCCACAAUAUGAACUUUGAAUCGUGAGAAAUGUGAACGUGAGAGAAUGUGUCAGGGUUUAUGUGCUGAAUGUGUGUAGAAUAUCCACCAGUGAUCAGCAGUGAGUUCAGUCCUAGAGUCAUUAUGGUGCAUUUUGAUUUUCUCUUUGUCAAUUCAGGUCAGUGUUGAGUAUUUUUCUGGCUUUUUUGCCUUUUGUCUGACAGGGACUUUUAGAGAGAUGACAGGAAAUUUAGGGAGAGAGAAGUUGAAUGAGAAGUCCCCAGCCGAACUCAGGCUGCAGGUGUUGCAGUUAACAUGGUCAGUGUCUUAUUUGGGCUCAAAUGAGGGCCAAAACAGAUUUCAAGCUUUUGAAGUUAUGGUUGUAUAUCACCCCUUUUAAAACUGUUGUUGUGUGUUUACACAUGCACACAAACACCCUGCUUUUGGCUGUUAAAGCAAAGCCAAAAUAUGGUGCGUUUAAUUUAGGCUGUGUCCCAAUUCGAUUCCCAGUCCCUACACCAAGUAUAUAUACUGUACACAGGGUUCCCACAGUCCUGGAAAACCUGGAAAGUCAUGGAACUUU